CAGAUACCACGGGAGAGGUGAAGAAGAAGAAGAAGAGAAAUCCCAAAGAAAGAACGAAAGAAAGAAAGAGAGAAUCCGAAAAUGGUAGUGGAGGACAAUCAAACCAUCACAAUCCCAAACCCAAACCCUAGGGCUCGCAGUGGAGACGACGAAGAAGAUGAUCUCGAGGAGGGAGAGAUCGUCGGGGAUGAGGACUCCAGCUCUUCUAACCCUUCCAAGGCCUUAGUCCAUCAGCCUCACCCUCUCGAACAUUCUUGGACCUUUUGGUUCGAUAACCCUUCCGCCAAAUCCAAGCAAGCUGCUUGGGGUAGCUCUAUUCGUCCGAUCUACACAUUCACCACCGUCGAGGAAUUCUGGAGCAUGUACAAUAGCAUACAUCACCCAAGUAAAUUGGCUGUGGGGGCAGACUUUCAUUGCUUCAAAUUUAAAAUUGAACCAAAGUGGGAGGAUCCUAUCUGUUCAAAUGGAGGGAAAUGGACUAUGACUUUUCAGAAAGGAAAGUCUGAUACAUGUUGGCUGCAUACGUUGCUUGCAAUGAUUGGAGAGCAAUUCGAUCACGGAGAUGAAAUUUGCGGUGCUGUUGUGAAUGUCAGAGCCAGACAGGAGAAGAUAUCUAUUUGGACCAAGAAUGCAGCAAAUGAAUUAGCCCAGGUGAGCAUUGGGAAACAGUGGAAGGAGUUCCUUGAUUACAAUGAAACCAUUGGAUUCAUAUUUCACGAUGAUGCAAAGAAACAUGACAGAGGAGCCAAGAAUCGGUACACUGCAUGAUGAUUUUGUAUAGUUUUUGUUACUACUAGCGCAGCAGACUCGAAAUUGUUUUCUUUUAUGUGCGAUAGCAUUCGACACUAGAUACUAGAGUGAAAUGUGACUGCUUCUUGCAUUUCUUUCUUUCCCCUCUAAAGGAAUGUGGAAUGGAUCUGUAUUACUGACUUGUUUUCUCCAAAUUUUGACUUACCUACUUACAAUGCAUACAAAUUUUCUA